AUGAAUACAAUCAUCAUUCAUUGUUAUAUUGUUUUUAUUAUUCUCAGCAUAACAGUUCAAGUUAAACCUCAAAUAUGUAGGAAAACACCUCAAUAUGGUGAAUGCUCGACGAACAAUGCAUGUGGAUACUUUCAUAUGGUAGGUGCUAAUAAUGAAACAGGUAUUUGUGGUUUUCGCUGGCUAGCAUGCUCUCAUCUUGUACUGUGUAAUUCUUCGGACAAUUCGUGUUCUCAACCUAAUACGACCUGUGUUCAACAUCCGCAAUGUAAUGAUCUUCCUGUUUGUUAUCCAGCUACAAUGACUGAUCAAAGUAUCUGUCCACCAACGAAAAAUAAGACUAAUCUUAAAUGGAAACAAAAUGGCAUCACUGUGGCUGGUGGAAAUGGACAUGGACAACAACUAAAUCAACUCAUUGGCCCUUUCGGAAUCUUUACUGAUAAAAAUAAAAAUAUUUUCAUUGCUGAUUAUAAUAAUCAUCGUAUUGUUGAAUGGAAAUAUAAUGCAAAAGAAGGUCAAAUCAUUGCAGGUGGAAAUGGUGAAGGAAAUCGAAUGGAUCAAUUGAAUGGUCCAACAGAUAUAAUUGUUGAUCAACAAAAUCAUUCGAUCAUCAUUGCUGAUUAUAAUAACAGACGAGUGAUUCAAUGGUUGAAUCAAAAUCAACAAAUUCUCAUUGAUAAUAUUGACUGUUGGGGCUUAGCAAUGGAUAAACAUGGAUUUCUUUAUGUUUCUGAUAGUCCAAAGAACGAAGUGAGACGAUGGAAAAUGGGAGAUUAUAAUAAUGAAGGAAUUAUAGUGGCAGGUGGAAAUGGAAGAGGGAAUCAACUCAAUCAAUUUAAUGUACAUAGUUUUAUCUUUGUUGAUGAAGAUCAAUCUGUUUAUGUAUCAGAUAGAGAUAAUCAUCGUGUGAUGAAAUGGACAAAAGAUGCAAAGGAAGGAACAGUUGUGGCUGGAGGAAAUGGUGAAGGAGAAAAUCUCAAUCAAUUGUCUAGACCUCAUGGAAUAAUUGUUGAUGCUUUAGGUCAAAUCUAUGUGGUAGAUACGUGGAAUCAUCGAGUAAUGCGUUGGUGUGAAGGAAAAAAAGAAGGUGAAAUUGUUGUUGGUGGAAAUGGUUAUGGAAAUCAACCAAAUCAAUUGCAUUAUCCUCAUGGUUUAUCUUUUGACGAAGAAGGCAAUCUUUAUGUUACUGAUCGUCAGAAUAAUCGAAUUCAAAAAUUUGAAAUAAUCUGUGAAUGA